UCUUUCUGGAGACCACACGAGGCAUCCUCGUCCUGCUCGCUCUUCAGUCCCCGAGUUCUCAAUCUCUCCUCCUUCCUGUGUUCUCUCCAAAAUACACACCUAAUCCCCAUGAAACUGAGCUCGUUUUUGUUGCCUUCUCUGCUCCGCGCAACAUUUUUCCUCCAUAGAUCCAUGAGAGGGCGUCCAAAGGGCAGGACGAUCGUGCUGCAAGCUCGUGCACCCGCUGCGUUACCAUGGUGUGCGACGGCGGAGACCGGUGCCGGCUGGGGCAGCGAUGCAGGAAAUGGCACACCUCGUUGCUGGAACCGGCCGACUGGAAAGCUGCAACCGGCAUCCGAUGAUGCUGGAAUCAGUAAUCAUUUUUGCUACCACAGGCGUUUGGUUUUGCUGGAACCACCGCCAAAUUUGCAAGUUUGCUACUACUAACUUUCUGGUUUGCUGGAACAAGCUUGAAUUUUUGCUGCAUCGGCGUUUUUGACUUUUGCUGGGGGACAACUUUCAUUUUUUUUGUUUUGCAAUUUUUGCUACCACCAUUUCCUUUUUGCUGGAUCCGAUGCAAUUUUUUGCUACAUUCGGGAUGGAUGGAGCUGCAUGAUAGGGAGCUGCAUCUUAGUUUUUUGCUGGAACCGGGACACGGAUAGCUGCUACCAGCGAUUUUUUUGCUUCAACGGAGAUGAGACCCAGAGAGUUUUUUUGCUGGAAUGAAAUUUCUUCAUGAGGUGCGGUGGCGAGGCAUUUUUUUUGUGCUGUAAUUUGUGCUUUUUGCUGGAACCAUGUUUUGAUUUUGCUACAACGAGCAUUUGAUUUUGCUGGAACCGCCUGAAGCAGAUUUGGAACCAGUUUUUUUAGUAACUGAUUUUUGCUGCAACCAUCCAACCGGCAAGCGGGCCCGGUGAACGGCGCCGGUGAGCUGCUCCGGCGAGCGGCGACGGCGAGCCGGUGAGCGGGUCCGGCGAGCCGGCGAGCAGCGGCCACCGAGCUGCAAUCGUCGCUACAUGGAGCUAGAACCGCAGGGUCACGUUGCUGGCGCGAACGCAGGAGGCGACGUCGGCGACCGGUGACGACGACGGCGACGGGCGGCGAGGGCAGCGACAGGGAAGCCAAGGGGGAGGUGCUUCGAGGCUGGCGCGUCGGCGUCCAUGAAAACUUUUUAUAAAAAAAGAAGACAUUCGAGGGAAAGGAAGAAGUGAAUCGUGCGGCUGCUGAUUGUUUAAUCGUACGAUGCUGGUACGACCGGCUCAAAUUUGGGCCGGCGCACCGGCGCCCAUCACUCGCCUUUGGCAAAUUAGUAGGCUUCCCCCUUACCUACUUGGGCUUCCCGAUCACCUUGGGCCGCCUGAAGAAAGAAGUUCGUGUUUGAUCGCAUCAGAGCGGAACUUGCUGGCUGGAAGGGCAGACUAAUGAACCACGCAGGGCGUAGAGUACUGGUGCGUUCUGUCCUCUGCACGAUCCCCAAUUUUGCUCUCGCAGCAGUUCAGGCGCCGGCGGGGUUCUACAGGGACGUGGACAAAGUUUGCAGGCGAUUCCUUUGGGCACAGGAGGGCCACAGCUGAGAGGUGGGAAGUGCAAAGUAAACUGGCCAUCUGUAUGCACUCCGGUGGAAUACGGUGGGCUAGGCAUCCAUCCAUGAUAUGGAAAAGUUUGCAAGGGCACCAAGGUCUUAAGGAGUUGAUGGGCCGUGCAUUCGCCCAUCCAUGGGGGUGCUCAUCAUGGCGGCGUCUCGGAGUUGAUGACAUCGUGUGUUUGCCGAUCCUUCAGAUCGGCGGCGUUAGGGUUUAUGGAUGAUGUCGGCGAGGCGGCGGCGAUGACUCCAUCAGGUGUGUCUCUCCUUCUGCUCUGUCCAUGUUGCUACGGCGUUAUCUCCGACGUCAUGGUGAAGCAGGGAGGUUUUAUCGUCUAGGAGUACGCGCAAAUGGUUGUCUACGCAAGUGACAGCUGGAAGAUGGCGCAUCUUGUGUUGGGUUUGUUGUUGAAGUCUGAUAGUCCUGGUUUCCUCCUCCGACGUCAUAGUCGUGCGAGGGUGUCAGUUCUGGAGUUCGAUGGCAUGUCUGGGAACAUGUUGGUCCGGUCCGAUUCUUUCAACGGCAAUGGUUUUGCUUCACGCAAACUAUUUUUGAGGUGCGUAAAGCUGCUGAUCAGCGAUGGAGCUGCGUCGAGCUCGUGUGAAGAGGUGAUAUGUCUCCUUUUCCUUGGUGGAGAGGGACAUGUGCUGGUUUUUGCAUAGGAUUAUCCUAUCUUUUUAGUCUUGUAAUAUCGAUAUUUACGUGGCUUGUAACUGAAUCUUUAUUUUAUUAAUGAGACACGUAUUAUUAUGAAAAAAAAAGGCACUAAGGUUACGCUGGCUAUGGCUGUCCUGGUCAGUACCAAGCAGGCCAUGGUUUGGUUAUGAACUUCCAUGCGAUCAGAAGGACAGAUCCAGCUGGAUUUGGUUCUUUUGGGUUUGGUUCUUUUGCCGCCCCUCUCUCCCCUCUCGGGGAGCACAUGUAAAUUUUGCUACUCCCUUCAAGGAUAGGGUCUUUAAAAAUAAAAGGUUUACGCUAAUUAACUCCCAUGCGCGUGUUUGUAAUUGGCAUCCAGAUUUUGCGGCUAAAUUAGAGGUGUCUCGCCCCUAUAAGAUUUGUUUCCCUGCCUCCCAUUUCCUGCUGCGGGGCCCAUCCCUGACUUCCCUCCAUGCCCUCCGUUACAUUCCCCUAAUGCCGCCAUCGCACCUCGCCGCCACCGCGGCACAAUCUCCGGCCUCAUCGCGAGGUCGGCGUCCCCGCCAUGGCGGCGCGAUGAUAUCCGCCUCCUGCUGUCGCGCCGCGGCCCUCGCCUCCCUCCUCGCGGCCGCCGCGGCCACAGCGUUCCUCACCUUCUCGCUGCCAUUGUCCCCCGGCGUGUCCACCACCAAGCACACGGGAGAAUUGUCCGCCGCGAGCUCGACGCCGCCGCCACAUCCAACAUUGGCUACGGUGUCACCUCCACCGCCCGCAGAACCAGCUAAGUCCGCGGCGAGGCCUCGAAAACGAGAGGUACGUACGUGUCCGCAUGCAGGUUGGGGAUUGAAAGUAACGGUGUUGUCUAUUUUCGUUCUGUGUUGUGGUGAUCAGCCGUCGUAUUGGAGGAUGGCGCCGGAGGAGGCGCUGAGGUACGCCAAGAAGGAGAUAAUUGCCGCUGAGCCGGUCGUCGCCGCCGACCCCGACGACCUGUACGCGCCUCUCUUCAAGAACGUCUCCCAGUUCAAGAGGAGCUACCAACUGAUGGAACGGACACUCAAAGUUUACAUUUACCAGGACGGUCGGCGGCCCAUCUUCCACACCCCUCCACUCAGCGGCAUCUACGCGUCCGAGGGCUGGUUCAUGAAGCUCCUCAAGGAGAGCAGGCGGUUCGUCGUCGCCGACGCCGCCAAGGCACACCUCUUCUACCUGCCCUACAGCUCGCAGAAUCUCAGGCUCUCGCUCUACGUGCCGGACUCGCAUAACCUGCGCCCCCUCUCCGUCUACCUCAGAGAUUUCGUCAAGGGCCUCGCCGCCAAGUACCCCUUCUGGAACCGCACCAGAGGCGCCGACCAUUUCCUCGUCGCCUGCCACGAUUGGGGACCAUACACGACCACGGCGCACCGCGACCUCUCCAGGAACAGCAUCAAGGCGCUGUGCAACGCCGACAGCUCGGAGGGGAUCUUCACGCCCGGGAAAGACGUGUCUCUCCCGGAGACGACCAUCAGGACGCCCAAGCGGCCCCUCCGGUACCUCGGCGGGCUCCCCAUCUCCCGGCGGCGCAUCCUCGCCUUCUUUGCGGGCAACGUGCACGGCAGGGUCAGGCCGGUCCUCCUCCAGCAUUGGGGCAAGGGGCAGGACGAGGACAUGAGGGUGUACGCUCUCCUCCCCGGUAGGGUGUCCAGGACGAUGACCUACAUCGACCACAUGAAGAACAGCAGGUUCUGCCUGUGCCCCAUGGGGUACGAGGUGAACAGCCCAAGGAUCGUGGAGGCCCUGUACUACGAGUGCGUGCCAGUGAUCAUCGCCGACAACUUCGUGCUCCCCUUCAGCGACGUGCUCGACUGGAGCGCCUUCUCGGUGGUGGUGGCGGAGAAGGACAUACCGGACCUCAAGAGGAUACUCCAGGGGAUCUCGCUCCGGAGGUACGUGGCCAUGCACGACUGUGUCAAGCGGCUGCAAAGGCACUUCUUGUGGCACGCAAGGCCCCUCAGGUAUGAUCUCUUCCACAUGAUCCUGCACUCCAUUUGGCUCAGCAGGGUGAACCAUGUUCAACUUGACAACUGAAAAAAGAUCAUGUCCAUGUAUUUUUAUGGCACUGAGAUUUUACAUGUAAGAUGGCGGUUUUGAAUGAAAAAGAAAAAUGUGUACAUUCAA